AUGAUCAAUUCAUUUCCCUUCAUUUCCUUCAAAUCGGGGGGUCCAGCCCCCAAAGCCUUCCCACAAACCCGAUCCUCCGUCGUGGAGCCUGCUACCAAGACCAAGACGCCCACCCACCCUGGGGGGGCAUCAGCAGCAGCCGCAGCUGCCCAGGGAAGAAGUGCCCCGGUCCUGGGCCGGAAAGAUCCUGCCCGACCGACCUCUCGGGCCCAGGCUACCCCUGGCACCCGUGUGGUCCCCAGCCCCCGGCCGGCCCGAACCUCAGCCCCUGAACCCAGGGCCCCCCGCCUGCCGCUAGCCACCAGGGCCCGGCCCUCUCUCCCCACUGCCACUCCCCAGCAGGCUGCCGGCCCACCUCCUAAGGCAGUGCCUGGGAGGAGAGUGGUCCAAGCCCCUGGAGAUCCCACCCCUCCGGCCAGGAAGAAAUUAAGCGGAGGCACCUUGGGAAGAGGGGCUUCGGGCUCCAUUCGCCCCCUCCCCUUCAGCCAUGCCCUCUCUUCCAGCUCGGACUCCUCCUGCUACACCCCCUCUACAGAAUGCAUCUUUCCCCUCCCUUCCCGCCGCACUCUAUCUAAAGGGCCAGACUCCUCCAGCCCCUUCCGGCUCCACCCCCUCUAG